AUUUUCUAUCAAUAUUAUUACAUAUAUAUAUUACUUUUUUUUGACAAUUAUUUUUCUUUUUUCAUUUGUUCGUAUUUGUGGUUUGAAUCGUCCCGCGUUAAUUGUAGAUGACGCUCUUUACGAAAACGCUAGAUGGUGCUCGUCACGUUAGUAGAGGACGCUAGUUGUAUCCUAGUUCUUGCGGUGUUAAGUGAAAGCGUGAUUAAAGGCGCAAAGUAGGUUAGGUUAUAGAAAAGUUCUUUUUUCACGAAAUAAUCAGUGAUUUUAUAAAAUAAUUAAUAAUGGCAGAUAUUCAUACGCAUAACGAAAAAGGUAAAAAGCGAAAGAAGAAACGUUCGAAUAUUCAAAUGGCGAAAAAAUUUGCUCGUCGAAGAUAUCACGGAACGGAUCUUGAUACGGAAACGUAUCAAUACAUGGUUCGCAUUUUGGAAUUGAUGCGGGAAGAUUUUCCAAGCGUUGAAGAAAAAUUAAUUUUUAUUAACAACGUGUACGAACAAUCGGUUGGUCAUGAGGUUGAAUAUUCUAAAAAUCAAGUUGGUUCGAGAGUCUUGGAAUCGCUUUUGAAAUAUGCAAAUUUAGAAGCAAUUCAAAGGUUUACGAAUGCUCUUAGUUCUUCUCUGAGACCAAUAAGUUGUGAUACAUUUGCCAGUCAUGUUUUGGAAAAAAUCAUUGUGGUUUGCGCGGACAGAGGAAAUAGAUCCAAAACUUUGUCACAAAUAUCAAAAACAAAAGAAACAGAGAAAAAACAGGACAUCGUUAUAGAUGUGAAAGAAUCUGAAGUGAAAUUAUAUAAUGAUAUAGUUAUAAAGUUGAGCAAAUAUUUAAUAAAUAAUUUAGAAGAAUUUGUUUGGGACACAUAUGCUAAUCAUCUCUUAAGAACCGUAAUGGAAUGUCUCGGUGGAUUAAUAGAUACAAGCGAUGGACAGAAUAGAACAAAGCGAAUGUUAUCUACUAUAGAAAGACGAGAAGUCAUACAAGAGUAUAAAGAUCUUUUAAUCGACGCUUGCAACAGAUUGUUUAAGUGGCCACAGUUUCUUGAAUUUGGUAAAGACGAAUUAACUUCAGGAUUAUUACAAAGUAUUUUGUAUUCGUUAAAAAAUGUGGAUAAGAAGUUAACGGAAUCUUAUGUCACAAAAAUUACAAAGGAGUGUUUCAGUUCUAAAGAGGAUGGAAAAUUGUCUAAUAUUUUUGACUGCGAAAGUUCUACCAGACUUUUGGAAGCUUGUCUUGUGAUUGCUGAAUCACAAUCUUUGGAUCAUAUUUAUAAGGAAUAUUUUAAGGGUAAUUUAAAAAGCUUAUGUACAACGCAGGGUACUAAUUUUAGUAUACAAAAAUUAUUAGAUCAUUGUGAGUCUAAAGAAACUUUUGAAGAAAUAUUUGAGGAAAUUGAAGCACUUCUUUCAAAUAUUUUACAAGCAGACUAUACGGGAAUUUUAGUAAGUAUAGCUAAUGCAUCUAAAAGAUUGCAAACUAAACAGGGUGCAUUUGUAACUAUGAUUAUUAAGACGCUCGAGUGCGAUACGUCGGAAGAAAAACAAUAUCAAAUCAUUAAGUGUAUUGUUACGUUGAAGAAACAAAACGAAUUGGAAUCAUUAGAAGAAAAAGAUCAAAUGGAAUUGCCUGUCCAUUUGCAUGGAAGCUUGAUCGUACAAGCUGUGCUUAACUUCAAUAAACCAAUCAAACUCGUUAACUCUUUGUUGGCCAUAAACAACGAACAAUUGUUAAAUUUGAUAAGUAAUCCGAAAGGUAGUCGCAUCAUAGAUGCUUUUAUAGAUAGCAAAUAUAUUGGGGAAAAAAGUAGAGAAAAACUUGCCAAAAAAUUGCAAGGUUAUUGGGCCCAAUUAGCUCAAAGCACUCAUGGGUCUAGAUGUUUGGACAAAAUCUGGCUUUGUUCGCGUCAAAAGCAAAGAUUGCUUAUCAUGGAAGAAUUGGCAGCUGCUGGAGAAAUCUUACGUUCCAGUAAGUCGGGUAAAAUAAUAUCCAAUAAAUUAAACGUAUCUUUGUUUAUUAGGAAUAAAAAGGAAUGGAGUGAGUCUCAAGGAAAAGGGGAAAAAAUGAAGGCUCUUUUUGCCGAUAUAAUCAAAAAGCCUCCUAUGCAAAGCUAGUGUUCAAGAAAAAGUUUCUAUUGGAAAAAUUUAAAUGACUUUAUAUAUAUAUAUAUAAAUACGUAUUAAAGAAACAUUUAAUUAGACAGAUAAU